GGUGAAGGAGCUACGAUGUAGAAGAAAGACUUGCGUAAUAAUUUAAGGAUGCCUGAGCCAUUAUAUGAUGAACUUUUGCACUUAGUAACACCUAUUAUAUCUAGACAGGCUAGGCUCGCGGCUCGCGGCUCGCGGCGGUGACAGACGUGCGAGCCAAGGCGGGCUUCGAGUAAAAUUUCAAACAUGUUGGAUCGUCAACGAACUUACUCGACGGUUUCUAAACUCUCCGCCUCUAUGCCUUGGCUGUUUCUGCCCCGUGGAUAACACCAUGUGCUCCCGCUGCGGCUGGCCGAUAUGCAGCGAAGCUUGCGAGAAGGCACCACAGCAUAAGAUAGAAUGCGACGUCUUCUCUGCUGUUAAAGUCAGAUUCCAACCUGUAGAUGACUGGACUGUGCCCUCGCCGCAACUUGAUUGUAUUACGCCUUUAAGGAUGCUUAUAGCAAAAGAACAAGACCCAGACCGCUGGCAACGCGAGCUCGAAGUUAUGGAGACUCACACUAAAGAACGGAAGAACAGACCUACUUGGGAAGCUGAACAGACCAAUGUCGUCAAUUUCCUGCUAAACCAUUGCAAACUUGGAGCAAGAUUUAGUAGUGAAUUAGUUGAAAAAGUUUGCGGUAUACUAGCGGUGAAUGCUGUAGAAAUUCCAUCAAGAGGCGGUUUUAGUUCACACGCUGUAUAUCCAUUUCUGGCCAUCACUGCCCACAGCUGCGUUUCUAAUAUUGUGCAUACGAUAUUAUAUGAUGAUUAUCGAGUACAAGUUCGUGCAGCUGUACCUAUCAAAGCAGGGGAUAUUUUAUACCUAAGUUACACACACGCGUUGGCUCCGACGAUCACUAGACGGGAAUAUCUCCUCGAGUCCAAGUUCUUUAACUGUGAAUGUCAGAGAUGUGCAGAUCCAACUGAACUUGGGACUCAUCUGAGCACGUUGAAAUGCAGCAAAUGUGAUAAUGGCGUCAUAAUGUCUAAUAAUUCAUUAGACAAUGAUGCUGAAUGGAAUUGCACGGAUAAGAAAUGCGGUUUCAAAACGAGUGGUGCUGCCAUGCGCAAGAUGUUAGCAGUUAUUCAAGCAGAAGUCGAUCUACUCGACUCCUUAGAACCGGGCCCACAAGCUAUCGAACAAAGGGAAGCAUUUAUAAAUAAGUACAAGUCGGUGUUCCACCCUCGUCAUUCUGUGUUGCUAUCUGUAAAGUACACACUAGCGGAAUUAUACGGGCGGGUAGAAGGCUACACUAUCGACGAGUUGCCAGAUUUGAUGCUCGAACGAAAAGUAGAAAUGUGUCGACUGGUCCUGAAGACUCUCGACAUAAUUUUACCCGGAGAAAGUCGUAUGAGAGGUAUGAUGUUAUACGAACUGCACGCCCCGCUCAUGUACUUAGCGAGGAAUGAAUUCAGUGCUGGGAUCAUAGCGCAAGAACAACUCAAAGAAAAGUUACAAGAGCCAUUGCAGUGUUUGGCUGAAGCUGCGAGAAUUCUACAAAGAGAGGAUCCACAAAGCCCCGAAGGAAUUAUUGGGAAUAUAGCGUAUCAAUCAAUGGAACAGUUAAAACUUAGCUUAGAUACCUUGUAACAGAGGAAUAAAUUUAUAUGGAAAAUUAGCUUAUAUUUAGAAAAUAGUUAAAACUAAGGUUUACUUAUCGACAUUUUAAGCGUAGACUUCGAUCAUUAUUUGCAAAUCAAACUUAAAACUGUCCUCAAAUGUGUUUGUAAAAUUGUAGUCAAUUAAACAAAAAUUAAAGCAAAAUACUAAUAAGAAAAUGAAUUGAACCUUAUUGCCAUGUAUUAAAGUUGAAUUUACAAAGUAUAUUGUUAUUUGUUGUGGACGAUUUUUAUAGCUGAUUGUGUCUAGUUUUUCGAUGAUAGAUUACUGUAGAUUUGUAGUUAAUUGCACGUGUCAUUUUAUGUAACAAUAAAAAAUUGUGAUAGUGUUUUUUAUUGAAUAAAAUAAAACAAUUUGGUUCCAAUA